GUCCAGGGAGUUUAAGUCUCACCUCCCCCAUCGUCCUGGAGAAACCAGAGAGCCUCCACACGGUCACCUUCAGCGAGGACACUGUACAAUGCUCAGAGAAGUGUGUGAUGAACAACUACUUCGGCAUCGGCCUGGACGCCAAGAUUUCCCUCGAGUUCAACAACAAGAGGGACGAGCACCCUAAGAAAUGCAGCAGUCGCACUAAAAACAUGAUGUGGUACGGAGUCCUGGGGACCAAAGAGCUGGUCCAGAAGACGUACAAGAACCUGGAGCAGAGGGUCCAGCUGGAGUGUGACGGCGUCCCCAUGUCUCUGCCCAGUCUUCAGGGCUUGGCUGUUCUCAACAUCCCCAGCUACGCAGGAGGCAUCAACUUCUGGGGCGGCACCAAGGAGGACAAU